AGCUGAUGAAGGAGGAGGAGAAGAAGAAGCGUGCGCGUGCGGGGUAAACAGUCAGCGCGCGAGCUCAGGACGAUGAUGAUGAUGUGAAGGAAAUCGAUUCGCUUUUUAUUAUUAGUAAUUUAUUAAAAAAAAAAAAUACGUUAAUUAAGAAUUUUUGUUUUUAUUUUUUUUGGUAAAAAAUAAAUAAAACAGCAGGUAAUAAAUAAGACGUUACGUAACUAGAGGCGGGUUUGCUGCUAGGAGACGGAGCACGCGCGCCCCGCGUGAGGAGCUUGACGCGUUAAACUGUAUUAUUAUGGUGUGAUUAUUAGUUUUAUAAAGGCUUAUUUCUUGAGAUUGGGUCGGAGAUGAGCUCCCUGGGCCGGAGCGGGCUGAUCGGGCUCGGUGUCGGUGUGACGCUCAGCACCGGGUUAAUCGCGUUCCUGAUCAUUAAGGAGAUGACGCGGAGGAGGCGGAGACUCGAGCGGCCCCUAGUGGCGACCCGGAGCGCUGCAGGGUUUGUGGACAGGAGAGGGGGCGUGGCCCUGGGGCAGGACGGAGGAGUGGUGCUAGCGCUGAGCGGGCUAACCCUCGAGCAGCAGUCCGAGCUGAAGAAGACGCUGGACGAGGUGAUGACGAGCGUCUCCACGCUGCGUGCCGAAGUGGCCGAGCUGAGGAGUGGACUGAAGGACAUCGCCGGCACCAUCGUGGAGGACGUGCGGAGAGGAGUGGAGGAGGGUCAGAGGUCACGGCGGCGGCGCCACUUCCUGGCGAGGGAGCGCUCGGACUCGAUGAGCUCCAGCUCCAUCUACUUCACCGCCAGCAACGGGAUGAGCAGCCGGAGCGAGGGCGGAUACACAACAGCUUAUUCGACGGCUGAGUCUGACUACACGGACCGUGAGACAGACCGGGACGAGGACAAGGACGAGGAUGAUGAGGACGAUGACGAUGAGGGGCGUAGCUGUGCCACAGUCCUGACUCUCCAGCCGGAUGAGACGCGCUCUGAUGAAGACGAUGUGGACGGCGAUGAAGAAGCGAUGAUAAGUCCUGACCUCGCCCUGCUGCUGACCCAGAGUGACCUCCUUAACGCCGGGGAUUCUGGGAAAAAAACUGAGGGAUUCCAUCUGCUGAGGGAGAACAGACCUCUGUACAGUGAUAAUGCCGAGUUUCUAUGGCGACUGGCUCGGGCCUACAAUGACAUGUGUGAGCAUGUGGAGGACGAGGAGGAGAGGCGGAGCUACGCAGAGCAAGGUCGCGAUGAGGCGGAGAUGGCGCUAAAGAGGAACGGACUAAACGCUGAGUGUUAUAAGUGGUUUGCGGUGCUGAGCAGUCAGACGGCGCAGUGUGACAGCAUGCACAGUAAACUAAAGAGCAGCCACAUACUGAAGGAACACCUGGAUCGCGCUUUAGCUCUCAAACAUGACGAGCCGCUGUGUUUCUACCUUCUGGGCCGCUGGUGCUAUGAGAUGAGCAGGUUGUCCUGGAUGGAGCAGAAAGCAGCAGCUGCUGUGUAUGAAACUCCUCCAUGUUCCUCUCUACACCAAGCUCUGGAGAACUUCCUCAAGGCGGAGGAACUGAAGCCAGGAUUCUCCAGAGCAGUGAGACUCUACAUCGCCAAGUGCCAUAAGGAUUUAGGGAACGCCCCCGAGGCAAGGAAGUGGGCGCACCUGGCACUAGCCACGCCCACCAUCACACCCCACCAGGAGGCACGUCUGUCUGUGGUGGAGGCGGAGCUACAGGCUUUGAUUGACAGCCCAGAUGAGCGGCUGUAAGGCUGUGGAGAGAGAGCAAUCACUCCCGUUCCAAAACUACUGACACCUUCUGUAAUCCCUUUGAUGUCACUUCCUGUCUGUGGUCACAUGACCAGAGAUGAGGUGGAGUGUGAUAACUGACAUGUGCUGCUCGUCUCUAUUGAUCUUUUAUUUAUUAACAUACGCCGGCACGUCACUCGUGUGUGUGUGUGACAUAUAAACACAUGUGUGUGUGUGUGUGUGUGUGUGAGAGAGAGAGAGAAGUGAGCUCUCAAAUGUAAACCAUUCCAUGUGAAGUGUGUGUGUGUGUCUUACUAAUAAAGGGAAUAAAAUAAAGUCUCUAAAGAACAUGUG